UCAAACAAGUGCACACGCGUUGAAAUUUUUAUACCGUUUGGCAUAUAGAAAAAUGGAAAUGUACACUUUAAAUUUGACAUAGUAUAGAUACUGGUCUAUUAUUGAAGCUUUCUGGAAAAAUUAUCAGACGCAUCGAGUAGAAAAGAACAUGGCUUUCGUCCCAAGGGACGACAAGUACCCAAAAGUUAUCGAAGAUUUUCAUUUUAAGGUACCAGUGCAAGUUGAACCACCAAAACAGCCUGUAAAACCGGUUGCCGACGAUAAGGUGAAGAUGACCAAGCCGGCAAACAAAGAGCAAAACGUUCCCAAGCAACCAGAAUUGAUAGAAACGGUUUUUGAAAAACUAACCACCGAUUCCGUGACGGACUCGUCAAUCGACACUCCACCGCUUCACUUUGAAAUUAAGGAACCCCAAUCCGUACCACUUUCGAAAAAUGACUUGAUCGAUAACAAUUUAAACGCGCAUAGAAGUGCUUCCAACUUAAACUCUGGGCCUUUGUCCCAGAUGCCUAAGUUGUUCCGCAGGCGUACAAACGCAAGUAACGUGUUUCCCGUUGGUUGCAUGGGAUGUAAAGAUGAAUCCAACGCGCCGAACAGUAAUGAUGUACCAAAGCAAGAAGCGGGAUCGUUCACUUCUCAAACGUCUAAAGAAGUGGAACGCAAUUCUUUAACAGGUACCGAAACCCACCAAGCAACACGGCGUAGGUUGAUAAAAAGAAAAGAUGGGAAUCCACUUCUUGGAAUAGGCUACGACGAUUUUGACACAGUUGGUUCAAAUACUGUGUGCAAGGUGCCCCCUGGAGGACGUUCUCAUAACAUAUGGUAGAUUGCAAUAAAUAUGCUCUGUUCAUUAAUUAAUGUUUCAAAAACGUAAAUACAUUAAAAUUCGUUUUUCAUC